AGAGGACUGACUGGGAGAGUCUGAAGCCCUCUCAAUUGAAGGACGUGUGAUUAUCUCGUGAAUUGUGACUAUGGUGUAACAAUGGUGUAACAAUGAAUGCAGGUACUUACAAUUAUGGAGAGGAAUGGAGAUGGGCAGUACGGGGAUGACAUACCCAUUGGGAAAGGAGAUUGCUGCAAGGUCUUCAACGAUCCAAUUCACAAGCACAUGCAGAUUGACCGGCUUUGUCUGGACAUUCUUGAUACACCUCAAAUGCAGAGACUGCGGGAUAUUCGGCAGCUGGGGGGGGUGCAUUACGUCUUCAGCUCAGCCAACCACACCCGCCUGGAGCACUCCUUGGGAGUGUGCUACCUUGCUGGGGAGAUGGUUCGACAUCUUCGAGAGAAGCAGGGGCCAGAGAUCGACAUCAGUGACUUCGAUGUCAAUGCAGUCAAGAUUGCAGUUGGGGUUGGGAAGCGAACUGAGAAAUUGGAUGUGCUGCACGUGCUGCAUGGGGAGGUGGUGGCCACAGGACCCAUUGAUGCUUAGAAAGCAUGAACCUAGUACAGGUAGUGGCAAGAUUCUGUUGUCUUAGCACGAACAUAG